AUGACCACUAAGCGGAAGCUGAUUGGCCGGCUGGUGCCGUGCCGUUGUUUCCGUGGUGAAGAGGAAGUGAUCUCAGUGUUGGACUACUCCCACUGCAGCCUUCAGCAGGUCCCCAAGGAAAUCUUCAGCUUUGAGAGAACUCUGGAGGAGCUCUACUUGGAUGCCAACCAGAUUGAGGAACUACCCAAGCAACUCUUCAACUGCCAGGCCUUGAAGAAGCUGAGCAUGCCCGAUAACGACCUGUCCAACCUGCCCACCACCAUCGCCAGCCUGGUUAACCUCAAAGAGCUAGACAUCAGUAAAAACGGAAUCCAGGAGUUUCCAGACAAUAUAAAAUGCUGUAAAGGUCUGUCGGUGGUGGAAGCCAGCGUCAACCCCAUCACCAAACUCCCAGAUGGUUUUACGCAGCUCCUGAAUCUGACCCAGCUCUUUUUAAACGAUGCCUUCCUGGAGUAUCUGCCGGCUAACUUUGGCAGACUCUCCAAACUACGGAUCCUGGAGCUGAGAGAGAACCACCUGAAAACCAUGCCAAAGUCCAUCCACAGACUGACUCAGCUGGAGAGGCUGGAUCUGGGUAGCAAUGAAUUCUCUGAAAUGCCAGAGGUGUUGGAACAGAUCCACAACCUAAAGGAGCUGUGGCUGGAUAACAACUCUCUACAGUCUAUACCAGGGUCGAUAGGGAAGCUCCGUCAGUUACGGUACUUGGACCUAGCUAAGAAUCGUAUUGAGCAGUUGGACACGGACAUUUCCGGGUGUGAGGCCUUAGAAGACCUACUGCUAUCCUCCAACAUGCUGCAGCACCUCCCUGACACUAUAGGAAUGUUGAAGAAGCUGACAACACUGAAGGUAGAUGACAACCAGCUGACCUCACUGCCUAACACCAUUGGGAGUCUGUCUCUGUUGGAGGAGUUGGACUGUAGUUGUAAUGAGUUGGAGUCGUUGCCUCCCACCAUCGGCUACCUGCACAGCCUGCGGACCUUCGCUGCUGAUGAGAACUUCCUCACAGAGCUGCCCCGGGAGAUCGGUAACUGUAAGAACGUGACAGUGAUGUCACUGCGGUCCAACAAACUGGAGUUUCUUCCUGAUGAGAUCGGACAGAUGACCAAACUACGAGUCCUUAACCUCAGCGACAACAGGUUAAAGAAUCUACCGUUUACCUUCACUAAGCUGAAGGACCUGGCAGCUCUGUGGCUCUCUGACAAUCAGUCCAAGGCUCUGAUCCCUCUGCAGACAGAAGCCCACCCAGAAACCAAACAGAAGGUUUUGACCAACUACAUGUUUCCUCAGCAGCCGCGACACGAUGAGGAUUACCAGUCGGACAGCGACAGCUUUAAUCCUACUCUGUGGGAGGAGCAGAGACAGCAGAGGAUGACUGUGGCCUUUGACUUUGAGGACAAGAAGGAAGAAGAGGACAACUCUGGGAAGGUGGAGAUAAACCUAAAGCGCUACCCAACACCCUACCCCGAGGAUCUGAAGAACAUGGUCAAGUCAGUGCAAAGUCUUGUGGGUAAAAGCGUUCAUGGUGGACAUCCGCACCAGCAUCAGCUGAGCACAGGCACUGCCACCUCGGCAGGAACCAACAUGGAACAUACACAUCUCAGCAAAGAGCCGUAUGAACCGCCAUGGCCGCUGCCUCCCAAAGAGUGCAUGACUGAAAAAGAUGAAACUGUUUGUCAGGUGACAGACAGAGAGAUGCAGGACUUCUCUCAGUCUCAGCUAAUGGAUCAGGGAUCAAUGCAUAACUCUGGCAUCGACAUUCCCAAGAGGAAGGACAAAGAAGACUUGACAGAGAGCUCUGAGGACUCGAUGGGCGGCUCUCCCAACGACAUCCGUAUCUCUGACAUGAGGCCCACCCUGGUGGAGCCACCGAUGUACAAGCCAAAGGUGGUGCUGCUGGGAAAAGAUAAGAAAGAGUCUACAGAUGAAGAGGUGGAUAAACUCCACUGUCUGAACCACAGCGGGUCCUCAGCCACCUACUCCGACUACUCUCCCUCACAGGGCUCCUCGGGCUCCUCCAACCCGCCGGCCAACACCCACUCACACACACUCUCUCAUGCACACCCUCAUGCUCCGGCCCUACCGGCCCCCAGCAAGGACCAGGCCCCUCAGACACACUGGACCAACAGAAUUGCCCAGUCAUUCCCAAAGCCCAUCGACUCCAAGCCCCUGCUGUCUCAGAGAGAAACCCCUCCAUCAGGAACCCUGCAGCAGCGCGGGGACCGGCGUCCACUUAGCGAGCCUUUUGACUGGGCUGAGGCCCCUCAUUAUGACAACACAGGUUUUGAUGCAGAGGAGUCUCCUCUGGACCCUCCAUCAUCUAGUGCGAGUCAGGGAAACCCGCCGCUGGGCUCUAAACCCCGCAGCCAGUCAACACACGGCCGCCGCCCCCUCCUCAGGCAAGAGCGAAUUGUAGGAGUCCCUCUGGAGCUGGACACCCAGACGCUCCCUUUCCAUGGCAACCAACGAUCCACCCCGGACAAUGAUCCACAAUCCUCCGGAGCUUCCCAGAACCCCUGGCAGAAUUGGACCAGGACCCCCAGCCCACUGGAAGACAGAACUGCUUUUCCUUCCAAGCUGGACCUGACACCCAGCUCCAGCCCCAACCCCGACCGCAAGGACAUAGACUCAAGGCUUGAACAAGGUACAGGGCCUUUGCCUGGCAGCUGGACAUAUCAUGACAAUCAGGGGGAACCGAACAGGAAGGAUCAGCUCACUGUCACCGGGGGCAACAAGGUGACCGUGGUGAUGAGUAAAAGCUCAGACCGCCUGUCUCCCAUGAUGAGGGAGACGAGAUCCAAGUUUAAAAAGUCACAGAGCAUAGAUGAGAUUGACAUCGGCUCCUACAAAGUCUACAGUAUCCCCAUGGACAGCUAUAGUUCAUCCAUCGAGCAGCAGACUAGUUUGGAUCGCCCAGAGCUGCCCGGUUCCAUGGAGCAGACCAACAUGUCACGGUCACAGUCUGCACCCAUGUUAGAUGACGAGCUGGGCUUCCCAGGGCACCAGAACCAGCCAGGACAGAACCAAAAACCUGCCAUCCCACAGAAGGCCUAUCACUUUGACCAGAACUACAACCCCCAGGUGACCAUUGAUCGACGGGUCCCUCCCCCCUUCCCAAACACACCAGAUUACGUCAACCACUCAUCGAAGGCUUUGGAGUACAUAAACCAACCAGGGAAGACAUUACCCAAGGAGCUCGUGAGCCCUCGGUAUCGGGCAUAUCCACCGCUGGAGAUGUUCUCUUUCCCCCAAUCACCAAUCAACCAGGAUGGUCCGCCUACCCAGCAGCAGCCAAUCCCAACACAACGUUCCAGGCCAGGGUUUCUGCGGAGAGCAGAUUCAUUGGUGAGCUCUACAGAGCUCGCUUUGUUCCGUCGAGUUCAUGAAGCCCAGCAGGAGGCGCUGCAGGAAGCUCAGUACAGACAGCAGGCGGACCCCCCUCUUUAUGGCCGGGCUCUUGCCUACUCCACCCCCAUGGAGCACUCUGCUCUUACUAACAUGGCCGACAGCCAGAGUCAGAUGCUGCACAACAAGAGAAACGGUCGCUAUGAUGAUGACUACCCUACUUACCAGGAGCAGAAGAAGCCCAUGAUUGGUUAUCCCACCAAGAGCCUGACUCAGCGCCGUCCCUUGUCUGCCAGGAGCUACAGCACUGAGACCUACGGAGCAUCACAGGCCCGUCCGGUGUCAGCCCGUCCCACCAUGGCCGCCCUGCUGGAGAAGAUGCCACCUGACUACACCCUGGCAACCUGCCCCGAGAAACCACCUGAUGACACCAUCAAAGUAAGACCUGUCGUACCGCAGAAACCUGAAGACAUCACCUCCAAGAUGCCUGCCGACUGGAGGCAACAGCUACUCAGGCACAUAGAGGCCAAACGAUUAGACAGGACCCCCUCUCAGCAGGCUGCCAUGCUGGAUAAUGACCAGGAGGGGCUGUCAGGGAGCAACCAGUGGGCUCCCUACUCGCUUGGCAGGAGAGACGUCCCACCUGACAACCUCAUGAAAAAGGGCAUCCAUUCCCACAACCCCUCCCACCAGUCACACAACACCAUGAUCGUCACCUCCUCUUCCUCCUCCAUGGCCACCACUCCUCAUCGUGUGGUCGGGCAGCAGGGCUACGACGGGAUGAUGAAUAAGGGAGGCCAGUACCAGCCAGGGAUGCCCCUGUCAGUAGUUCCUGCUGGACAGUACCAAGGCAACAUGUCUCAAGCCCAUCCUGCUCCUGGCCAGGCUUACCCCAGCGCCGGUCUGCCCAUGGCCUUGUCCCAGUCCGGGAACCAGGCCCAAUACAACCCCCAUGGCUCCCACUCCUCCCAUCAGCCUUCCCUUCCUGCUACCAACCCCCAGUACCAUGGCAACCAGGGCAUGGUUCAUAGCAACCAGGUUGUCAUGACCACCCACACCAACCCACGGCCUCAGAGCGCUCGCUGCCUGUUGCAGACUAAAGGCCAGAAGAGCACGGAUGGUUUCCAGGAGCAGUUGUGUGUGAGAAUAGAGAAGAACCCUGGUCUUGGUUUCAGUAUCUCUGGUGGCAUCAGCGGCCAGGGGAACCCCUUCAAACCCUCCGACAUGGGUAUCUUUGUUACUAGGGUACAGCAUGACGGGCCCGCCGCCUCUGCCCUGCAGCCCGGAGACAAGAUACUGCAGGCUAACGGACAUAGUUUUUUACACAUGGAGCACGAGACCGCCGUCUCUCUGCUGAAGAGUUUCCAGCGGACGGUGGACUUGGUGGUUCUGAGAGACAGCAGCACGCGCUAG